AUGGAGGGAGGCGGCGAGAAGAAGUACCCGAUCGGCUUCCGGUUCAAGCCCAAGGACGAGGAGCUCGUCGAGUACUACCUCCUCCCCAGGCUGCAGGGCCGGCCGACCGUGCCCAACGACUCCGUCAUCGAGGCCAGCGUGUACGACUACCACCCGGACAGGCUGACCAACGAGUACAAGAGCGGGGGGCAGGAGGAGUGGUACUUCCUGUCGUCGAGGGCGCGCAUGUACGGGAACGGCGUGAGGCCGGCGCGGAAGACGCGGGACGGGCGCGGGCGGUGGAAGGCGUCAACGGCCACCAAGGAGGUGGCCGAGGAGGUGGUCUGCAACGGCAUCAAGUUCUGCAAGAGCGUGCUCAACUACUUCGAGGGCAACCCCAAGAAGGAGGCCAGGACCAAGUGGAUCAUGCUCGAGCUCACCGUCCCCGAGUACGAGAUCAAGCUCGAUAAGCCUGGCGCCAAGAACAUGUUGGACGAGUACGUCAUGUGCAAGAUCUACGUGUCCCCGCAGCACAAGAAGAAAGGCGACGCCGACGACGACGAGGAAGGCACCAGCUCGGCGUUCGAAGAGGAAGAAGAGGAAGCGUGCUCCUCCACGCCACACGGCCAAGGCACGGCGGAGUCCAUGCACGCAGACAAGCAGGCCGGCAAGCGGCCCAUGGUCGAGCAGCCGCCGCAGCGCGGUAGCUUCGCGCCCGCCCGGAAGCAGGCCCGUCAAGGGAGCCUAAGCACUGGAUCAGCCACGCAAGCGAGCUACUCCUCCACCAGCAACGCUGCCUCCUCGACGGAAGCGUACUGCGGUGGUCUGGGUCAACUAACGGGUGCACACUGUGGCCUUCAGUUUCAGGCACCACCAAUGCCGCGGCCGGCAGGUGCGUACAACGGCCAGGCACCAGCGAAGCCGCCGGCGGGCGCGUGCGGUGGCUGGGGACUCGUGCAGCUGCCAACACCAACGCCGGUGCUGUACCAGCCGUUCGCGGACCCGACUGACGACGACCCCUUUGGCCAGAUGGCGGCAACGAUGACGCGUCCUACGACACCGGCGAACCAGGCGGCGAGGCUGCCGGGCUUCCCGGGGAGCCAGCCGCCGCGGCACCCGGGGACGGGGUUCAGGCCGCAGGUGUCCCUGCAGUGCUGCUACGACCAGAACUACCGACCCGUGCAAGUGCAGCAACCGCCGCCCGGCAACGCGUCCUCGUCGCAGCUGCAGAGGCUGCCCGCGUUCCUGCCGCAGCAGCAGAUGCUGCAGCCGUUCCUCAACGGCGGCGCCAACCGGCGCGCGGGGGCCGCCGCCGUGCCUCGCGGCCCGUCGUACAACGGUUACCCUUACCAGCGAACCUCGUUGGCGCCGACCGCGGACGGCCACGGCGGAGCAGCGAACGAGAAGAAUGGUGCGGCGCGCUUCAACGUCAACGCGGAGCAAUUUUUUGUGGAUCUGGCCACGAUUAACCCGUCCCUGGCCGGAGGUUGUACGCAGCCGGCGCCGGUCGGCCUGGUCAAGCCACCGGCGCCCGCGGCGGCACGCCCGGUCGAGUCACCCGCGCCCCGCGGCGGCCGCUGUUGCGAAAGUUAA